GUUGUCAGCCCUGAGAAGCAUUGGCCAUAGGAAUAUGGCUACCUCGUGUGUGACAUGUGCUUCAGAAGUGAAUUUUACUGCGUAAAUUGAAUGAUAUACUGAUUUGAUAUUGAAACCAGCACAUACAAAAUGGGCAAGUCUAAGCGUAAUAAAGUGAGGACGAAAGCUAAAAAUCCAACUGGUCUUCCCAGCGUUCGAGAUAUUGAACGGGAGGAAAGUGAGUUUGGUGGUGGAGAUGCAGACCACAUGUCUGAACAUGAAUCUACAAUUCAGAAUCUGCUUGAAAUGUUACAGUCUCCAAAUGCAGAAGACAAAAUUAUUGGACUACACAUGUUAGCUACUGUGUUUGAUGUUCCUGAAUCUGUGGAAGAUGUUAUGAAGCAUAAAGUAGUGAAAGUAGCUGCCCCACUGCUGUUUGACCAGAGUACAACAGUUAGGAAUGCUGCUGCUGGAGCAAUCAGAAAUUUGAGUGCAUGUGGAAGUCAUGAGAUUUGUAAUUUGCUUGUUGAGCAAGAUGUAAUGACACCACUUUCUGCAUUGAUCCAGAAGUAUGCUGCAGAUUGGCAACCAACAAAAAAGAAAUUGGAGGACGAUAAGGUAGACGAACUGACAGACACUUUCACCCAGGCAGUGCACUUGUUGUGGAACCUGUGCGAAAGUAACAGUGUAGCAGUGAAGUAUUUCAACAAUGGAAACUUAUUGCCUGUUCUUGUCAAGUGUCUAGAAGUUGAUGUAUUUGGAGUGGAUACAACAAUUGCAGUUGCUCACUGUCUGCUGAUUGUGACAGAGGAUAAUCCAACAUCCGUUAGUAAGCUGCAGGGUUUCAGUACUUCCAUUCACAAACUCCUUGAACUUGAAGGCAGUGAAUCUGCUACGCUACUUCUCAGGACUCUGGCUUGUGGUUUGGUACUUAACUUGAACUAUGGUAAGGUGUUAAGUCUGUCACCUACCAUCAUGACUCAGCUGUUGUGUAAUCUGUCAACUACCCUAAGUGUUGAUCAUCGCAAGGUCCUCAACAGUUUUACAAGCAGCUUGCCCCUCAAUGAAGUAGUUGAAACCCCAACUCACCACGAAGAGGUGUUGAAGUCUGUCACUGUAAUGGAGUAUCUUUUGGAAGCUCAGAAGAUUGCUGUUGAGUUAUUGGCAAACAUCUGUUCUGAUGAUGAUGCUGAUGAGGAUGCCAUGGAUCAAGAUUCAUCUGACAGCUGCAGUGAUGGUCUGUUGAGUGAUUCAGAAUUAGUAGAGGAGGAUGACAUUCCAUCAACUGAGAAACUGUGUCUCAGUAUACCUUCAGAGGUUCAUGAAGCUAUAGUGAGUGGUCAGUUAGUGCAGAAGAUAUUAGAAAAUACUCAGUUACCUGCUGAAAAUGUGUGUGAAAUCCUGAAGAGUCAUGUUGAUGGGAAACAUGUAUUUAACAAGUUGUUGACAUUGAGAUGCCAUGCAUUGUUGUGUCUGAGCAACCUUCUUGCUGGUCUUGACAUACAAGACCUGGGUGGACCAAAAAAUGUUUACGAAAUGUGGCGUAGCAUAGGCUCACUUAUUUUUAAGCAGCCAGAAGUGACUGACACUAGAUUCCUGGAAGCAGCCACAUCUGCAUUGAGAGCAACACUCCAGAAACUUGCUGAAGUCCAGUGUAAUUUGUUUGGGCAGUUAACAGAAUCAGAUUUGCAGCUAAUGUUUAACACUGUGCUGCAAUGCCCAGACACGAAUGUUAGAGCCAACCUCAUCAGGAGUGUUGGCAUGUUGGGCAUGAUUCUCGUUAACUCCGUGGAACCUGAUGGUCAAACAUUGCUCAAGAACAUUGGCAAGUUCCUUCUGGAGGUAUGUGGUCGAGAAUCUGAGUUGUGGGUAGUGGCUGAAGCUGUUGACACGGUAAUAGAUGUCUUUGGAGAGGAUGAGACAGAUAAUGCAGCAGCACACAUUAACCUUGUAGAGAAGUUGAAAGCAUUGUUGCCAUCACUUAAACACAAGGUGCGUCUUCAAAGGAAGUCUCUAGGUGAUCAUUAUUUAGUGGUUACAACAGUCAAUACAAACCUCUGUCGCUUCAUCAAAUAUAAAUCGAAACGGGUCUCACACAUUGGUCAGCCCAAUGGUCAUGACUUAUAAACUGUUGAUCAUGUCAGAGCAAUGUUUUACAUUUUAUUUAUUUUGGUUAUUAUACCAUUAAAUGUCUUGUUUUCAUAAUUUUCCAUGAAAGUUUUGUGUCUUUCAUAACAUCACGUACUGUCUUGGAAUAUGCGCAAUCUUAGAACAUGGUGUUGUACAGUAUUACAACUGUUUUAUAUUACGAUAUAUAAAAUAUGCCUUUAACCUUGUUGUCACACAAGUGAAAGCAUAUAUUUAGGUGUCUGAAAAUAUUAAUUGUUUUCAGUUUUAAUUUACUUUGUUCAGGGCUGUAGGUAUUCACCAACAGUGGUUUAUAAAAUUUUCAUUAAUUUUGUUGGGCUUUGCUCUGAAAAUUUAUCAGAAAAAAUUGUUUCCCUUGUGAGUCUUUUAUUUUGAAAAUACAAUAUGUGAUUGGAAAAUGUGAUAUUAUAUUUGUUGAAAUGGAACAUGAAAGGUAUAAUUUUGUUAACAUGAAUGUUUACAUAAAACCCUAUUUCUAGUUGAAUUUUAAGCAAAUUUUAUACCAAACAGUGUGAUGAAAUGAAGGUUGACGAAAAAGCAUUUUCUUUGCAAUAUUUUUUGCAUACAUUUGCAUAAACAAGCAUUAUUUUGAAAAUUCAUAGUCAUAUAUGUUUGCAUUGAACUCAUGAUAUUACACAGAAAAUGAAUUCAUAUGUGAGGUACAAUUGUUUUAUAAACAUUUAGAAUUUGAAAUAAAAUAAUACUGAUUGAUUUA